AUGGGGCGUGGAAAGGGGCGUGGGAAGAACAUUGACAUUACCAAGAGUUUCUUCCAGCAAGCGGGAUCGUUGGGUCGUGUUUCAGUCCAGCUCUCUCCAACUCGGGUUAUUUCGGUAGGUGAGGACGAGAUCAGCCCAACGAAUGGUAGCAGGGCGGCUUUACAGCUGUGGCGAGAUGACGGGACGGAGGUGGCGUUGAAAUUGUGUCAGAAUUGGAGGCAGGGUACAUGUAAUAGUCAAGGAGCUUGUAGUAAUGCCCAUGUGCUUGCAUAUCACAGCCAGAUGCCUAUGCCCAAUAUGGUGGGUGUGAUGAAUGCUUUUACACCCAUUCCAAUGCCUUCAACCGGCCCACGUGACAAUUCCGAGAAAUCGGUCUCACCUAAAUGUUUACACCGGCCCCAGCUGCCACACCAACAACCACAAGGUGCCGUGGUUGAUCCCGGCCGUGCAGCAGAACAUAAGGUUAACAGUAACACCACAAACACAACAAGCCACGGUACACUCAUUCCUGCACCUAGGAGUCAACAGAACAAUCGGCAACUUUACGCGGCAAACAAUAGUUCUGCACCUUCAGGGGUACGUGCUACCAACACAACCUGGGGGCGUGAGGCCCUUGGACCUGAAAACCACUACGGAAGCCAACAGCAGACUCAUAAUCCUCAACCGCAACCGCAACAUCAACCGCAACAACAACAACAACAACAACAACAACAACAGCAACAGCAGCAGCAGCUUGCGACUCAACCCCGAGGUGCGUGGAAUGUGUUGCAGCCUAACGAUGAUGGUAGACGACAGGCGGCGGGUGUUGUUUUAAGUGCUGCAUAUCUUGACAAAUUGAAUCAGAGACCAAAGGACAAGUGCGAGCUCGUGAAGCAGAAGGCUGCAAACAGUCAAAAUAGCAGUAGUUUCAGCGGUAACAAUAGUUUGAACAGGGGGAGCGCUCCGCGCCACCAACCAUCCCGAAGCCCAACAGGGCCCCGAAGGGAAGACACGUGGGCAAGUGUUGCGGCGUUAAACCAUUCAAACGGAGCUUCCGUCAUUUGGGGCGAUGGUGGUGUACAAAUGUGGGAUUUGAUGUUGAAUAAUACCGCCGCCUCGCCAACCCCAUCGCAGACCAGUGGUGUUAAUCAACCGGCUUUGGGUCGUGAUUUAAAUUCUGCUGCACUGAGACCAAAUUCGGGCCAGUUGUGGUCAUCCCUUGCUUCCAAUGGUCGGCAACGGAGUGUCAACAACAAUGCGGUCCCCAGCGCCACUAUUAACAACAACAACAACAGCAGCAUCAACAGUGGUGGUUUCAUCAGCGUAAACACCAGCCCCAACAUCGGGAAUAACAACAGCCCUCAGCAAUGCUCCAGCAAUAACGGUAAUGGUGGUAUAACUGGUGGAAGCAGAACCUCAAGUGCCACUGCGUCUUCUGAAGCUCUGAAAAACCAACUGUUGCGAGCGUUGGUGGGUGGAGGAGCGGAAGCUGAUGAACUCACUUCUCCUCCUCCUCCUCCUCCUCUUCCCCGAGCAGAAGUUGCGCACAGUCGAGUGAGCAGCGGUAUCGUUAGCAUAAACACGGGUGCACCAUCGGUUGGUUGUGCUGCUGAAGGCAUGAAAUCGGGUGUAUUGUUAAGUUUAUUAGGGAAUGAUGGAGAUGGCGGAGUAAUGCAUGGGAUGAUGCCACCACAACCGCCUCCCCUUCAGGACGGUACUCACAAGAUCCAACAUUUGAUGGCGCUGCUAACCACAGAAUAG